GAUCCUCCUCAUGUAGGGCUGGAUGUCCGUCUGGACUCUCCCGGAGUGAGACGCCGGCCGGCAGCUCUUCUCCUGGGCCGUCAGGUUGAGCAGUGUUCUCCGGUCUCCGGUCACCGGGGGGUCGCGGCCCGCCCGGAGCACCACAUCCCGCCCGUUAUCACCGUCAUCUAUACUCUGAAGCUGCCCAUCCUCACUAAGAUCCAUUCGACGAAGUUAGAUGAAUGUGUGCCAGGUGCCUGUGACAGAAGGGAAGAGUGUGCAGCAGACAGUGGACGUCCUGCACAGGAAACUGGAGCAGCUGGGUGCUGUGAAGCAGGGCAGCUUCUGUGUAGACUGUGAGACAUACCAUGCAACAGGAAAUAUCCCCGGUCAGCCCACCAAGCUCUUAUACGUGAUGCACAACUCUGAAACUCCCCUGAGCUGCAUGGGUCUGUUUGAAGGCGGACCCUGCAUGGUAGCCGACGCAAACUUUGACGUCCUCAUGGUGAAGCUAAAAAGUCACUUCCAAAAUGCCAAGGGGCACAAGGUGGAGUGUCGUGGCACUAGAUUCCGCUACUGUGACUUCUUGAUAAAAGUUGGUACUGUGACAAUGGGCUCCAGUGCCAGAGGGAUAUCAGUAGAGGUGGAGUACUGUCCCUGUGUGGUUCCAGGUGACUGCUGGAAUCUCACUAAGGAGUUCAUGCAGUCCUUUCUUGGCUCCAGCACCCCCGACCUGCCGUCUGUGUUCGCUGCCAAGCCUGAAGGACUCUUCGCACCAUCAGACUGCGUUGACACCAUGACUCAGUACCUGGAGUUGUUCAACAAACUUCGUAAACAGCAAAUCCAAGGAACUAAUGUGCGUUGAGUUGUCAGUGGCAAUGGAGAGAACUUUUGUAUAGAUGUCGCUUUAAUUCUGGUCCUAUGGAUCAGCAUGUUUUCCAGACAUUUUUCAAAGUCUGAGCUUUCAACUUUGCAUUACACCUUCCUUUUUGAUGAAAGCAUCUUGUAUUAAAGAGAAACAGAUGCUAUAAUCUGUGUUUCUGACCAAUUCUACUGUGAUGAUCCUUUUAUAAUCAUACACUCAUACUUCAAAUGUCCUCUUGGUGGGGUUGUAAUCUUCUCUAGAGACAUUUUUGCUGAAAAUAAAAUUACACAUAAUUGAUA